GACGCCGUUCUGCCUUACGCCGCCAUCUUCAUCGUCUGAGACGAUUCCUUCCUCCCCCAUUAACGCUUCAUAAUAAUGUCUGAGCCGUACGACCCCUACGUUCCCCGCAAUGGCGGCGCCUCUGGCUCCACUGGCGGCAACGCCAAGACCGCCGCGAUUCAAGCACAGAUCGACGACACGGUUGGUAUCAUGCGGGAGAACAUAACCAAGGUCGCGGAGCGGGGAGAGCGGCUGGAUUCGCUACAGGAUAAGACGGACAACCUCGCGGUAUCCGCACAGGGAUUCCGUCGCGGUGCGAACCGGGUUCGCAAGAAUAUGUGGUGGAAGGACAUGAAGAUGCGCAUCAUAAUCGGUGUUGCCAUCGCGGUCAUCAUCAUCAUUAUCGUGGUCUCCGUAGUGAAGGCGACGAAGUAGGCGCCGCCCUCACCGCCUAUGGACGCCCGCCUCUCCGGGCUGGCGUCGAUUUGGAUUGGAUCCUGUAUGCUCUGACUGUUGUGCCCUCCUGUACAUAUAACGUAUCUAGGCCGCCCAGCCAUCCGUCCCGCUACCUUCCUCUGCCCCCCUCCCCUUCGCCUAGUCACCGAAAUCUCCAGCCAUUCGACGACUCGCUUACGGUUAACUUUAUGCAUGAACUUUCUGCUAUCGACCUGUCCGCGGUGGUGAAGAGGGAGUGGUGUGGGGAUUUGGACCUUUUCUCUUUCUUACUAGGCCAUGUAAUUUGCUGUCAAUGGUAUCUACUUCUUUGGACGGAA